ACCCUUUUUUGGUGUGCCUUAGGAGGUUUGAUAUUAGGUGGAAUUGUUGUCAUCUCAUACUGGAUACGACGAUGCAGGACACUUGCAGCGAGGUCAGCGCAGCGCCAGCGCCGCAUCCGGAGCCGCAGCUCAUCGUCGGCUGCCCUCAUCAGCGGCAGCAACAACAACAACAGCAACAGCAGCAGCAGCAACAGCAACAGCAACAGCAGUCGAGGGAUACCAAAGUCAUCGCCAGAUCAUAUUCAUCGUCGUCGUCGACGCCGCAUGCUCCAGUGCAUCAACUGAAGCAGCAGCAGUCCCUGCCACAGCCACUGCACCAGCAGCUGCCACAGGCACAGCAGCAACAGCAGCAGCAGCAGCACCCGCACCACAAUCCCCACGCCUCCAAGUCCGUGUCCAUACUCGUCUACAAGACCCUGAACACAGUAUUCAGGAGCAGCCGCAAGAUCAUCGUACGCGUCUGUGAUUUGGCCAGCUCCAAGAAAUCCUUCACCAUGUUCAAAUUCAACAAGGCUGCCCAGCAGCAGCGGAUGGACAAUCGGAACAGCGCCGUCACCGGCCACGAUCAGUUUGUCAGGCCGCCGGUACCCGAAAAGAAAGUGAAGCACAUUAUGAAGAAGCUGCACAAGGCGAAUGGCUUGAAGCGCUCCAAUUCGGCCAUCGAGUUUGAUGUCUCGGCCCUGACGGCGGCCAAUCGCCGUCAGAUCUACAGUAGCAAUCGGUCGGCGAGCUCGGAGCAAGAUAACAUGUCCGACAUGUCCGAGCACUCGGAGAAGUCGCCGCUGGUUAGCGCGAGGUUAGACAAUCUAGCUAGGCUCUUCUUUAGCAAAUCGAUGCCAGCGGAAACCGGAAGUAGAGAUACCAUAGAUUCAGUACUGACAACAAGACCCAACAUCAAAUAUCAGUACUCGGCCCUGGACAGCGGCAAUGGGAUCGUGGAGCGCAGUCCCCGUGAGCGUGCCCAACGGGAACGCGCACUCAAUGCCACCCAGGAGUGGAUACAGAGCGCCAAUGGGCGGUACGAGGUGAUUGCCCAUCUGGAUGAGAUCGGUUCGCGGCACGGCAAGAACUGGUUUCUGGUCACAGAUGCAUCGGUUCGCACAGAUCGUCUGAUGACGCUGCUGCCGCUGCCGCCCGAUUGUGUGGCCUUCGAGGAUAUGCCACCGAAUGAAAGUGCCAGGGAUAUACUGAUGGAGCUGCUUGGCUCACUGCAUCAUCCCUACAUCUACCCAGUGCUGGAUCUUGGCUUCUUGCGCAGCAGCACGAACGGCUAUGCGUGCCUCGUCACGCCAUUCAAUUCGCGCGGCAGCCUCAAGGAUCUGAUCUAUAAGGCACAGUGGAACGAGCCGUGGGUCAAAAAGUACACACGCAAGCCGAAUGGUUUGCCUGUCAGCCAGGUGCAGCGUCUGGGCAGACAGAUACUGGAGGCCCUGCUCUUCCUGAAGGAGCGCGGUUUUCCGCUUCACGGUCACCUGCACAGCGGCAAUGUUAUACUACAGAAUGGAGCAGCCAGGUUAUCGGGCCUGGAGAACGGCCUGCUGGGCCUGAGCUCGCGCAACAAUGCCGUGAUGUGGUCCCGUUCGGUGACCGAGAUCGAGAACGUUGACAUCGUGUGCUUUGGCCACCUGCUGUACGAGAUGUGCACGGGCCAGGAGCUCAACACACCGAAGCCGUCCAUACGGGUGCUCGAAAUGGAGCUGAAUCACUAUCCACAAAUUGGACAGAUACUGGAGAUCCUGGGCCUUAUUUUUGAGCCGCCCAGCGGUGUCUGCCCCUCCGUUGAGGACCUAGUCCUGUGCGAUCUCUUUCGCAGCAUCGAUCUAAGGGAGCUGCGUGGUCCCUGCUUCAGUACAAUUAAGCCGAGCCUCAGCAGGUCCACACUGAAUCUGUUGCAUGCCGUGAAGAAGAGGCAGUGCGCCUCCUUGGGUCACUCACUCAGCGAGGCAAGCUCGCCCUGUACGCCGCCCUCGACGCCGCACGAUCGACGCACUGGAAUCAGCCGAACAAUGGACUCAUUUGACAUAUCAAGCGACUCGGAGGAGGGGCUGCUCGAGGAGAUUGUCGUCGGCGGGAGCUGCCACCAGCAGCACCUGCUGCGGCUGCAGCAGUGGCACUCGGCCCACUCCUACACGUACGAGCCGGCCACGGAGUCGCCCAUCCACUACUGCGACCAUGCGGCCCUCUACUCCGAUGACAAUAGCAUCCAUGACCAACAGCCGCCCACCAUACGCUGCAGCACCAGCAGCCAGAGCAAUCUCAAUGUAAUGCUGGCCGAGGGCGUGGCACUGCCUGGGGAGGAGCGGCAGGAGCAGGACGAGAUCGAGGACUACGAGGUGGCCAGUGGCUCGUCGGGUACACAGCGGCUGCAUGCACCUGCUUCGGUGGGCGCGGGCGCGGGCGGAGCCUCAUUCAAUCACCAGCUGACGGCGGACAUGUGCAACUACAAGAACUCGAAGAGCCGUCGACUGGAGUACUCGCUGAAGUGCCUCAAGUACGGGCGCAGCAAUCCCUCGCAGGACUCGGCCUUUGGCUCGCUCACCGACAACGAUCUGUCCAUCGCCUCGAGCAUUCGCCUGAGCAGCUUUCAGUCCAUCUCCUCGCCGAUCGAUGAGGGCGUCGAGGAUAUCAUCAUAGCCACGACGACGGGCGGCAACGAGACCUGCCUGGAACUGGCCACCAUACCCAGGAGCAUGGUCUCCCAGGAUUCGGCCAUCUCAUCGCCCUGCCGCGAGAGCUCGCCGAGCAACUUUCUGCACAUUGACGAUGCCAUGUCCGGCACGGGUUCGACUUCAUCGGGCUCCGGUUCGGGCUGUGGCUCGUACGGCAACACGCGGCCGCAGCAGUUUCCUGUGUCGCUGUCGCCCAAGAUACUCGUGACGGCCACCAGCAAUUCGAGCAGCUCCUCGUUGGCCUCCAACAGCAACGCUGGCCAGCCACAGGCACAGGCACAGUCACAGGCUCAAGGGCAUGCCCAUCAGCAGCAACAGCAGCAGCAGCAGCAGUUUGAUCCGCCCAAGAUCCUGGUCAACGAUCAGAACUCCAUCUACACGACAUCGCCCUCAAAGCGCUCCGGCAUGAUUGAGGUCUUCUCGCAGAAGUACAGGGUGAGCUCCUUCGAGGACAUGUCACCCAAGCGGGGCAACGCGGACAAGCAGCAUCUGAAGCAUGUGAAUCGGCUGGCCUUCCGCUCGCUGGAGGAGGAGCGGCGCAUCGAUAACGCCUUCAUGCCCAUGGCGGAUCGCACCCAUUCGGACAAUCGCGUCAAUAUGCAGAGCGAAAAGUACAAGAAGCUCACGCACGCCUCCUUUCGCAUCAGCAAGACCUCCAGCCAGGACUCGCCCACGGCCACGCCCACCACACCGAAUGGCGGCAACAGCAACAGCAUGGAGAUGCAGCGCACCGGCCGCCAGACACUGUGGCGCGACAGCAAAUUCUAUCGCAAGAAUCGCAUUGCCAAGAGCAACGACUCCCUCAUGGAGAACACACCGUCGAGUCCGAGGCUGUCGCCGGGCUCGUACGAGAGCCGCAGCAGCUCCCAGGCCAGUCGGCGAUCCCUGAGCGGCAGCCAGCAGAUGCUGAGCGUGACGACCAGCUUCUGUGGCAAUGGCAGCGGAUCGGCGGCCAGGAAUGCUGCACGCUACUGCAGCUCAAAGAGCGAGGAUCUGGGGGAGUCCUCGGACUAUCUGAGGGUAAUGGAUGCCCGCAAAUCCUACUCGGAACGACAUUUGGUGCGACUCAAGCAGACGGCCAUCAAUAACACGCACAGCGAGGACGAUAUGAGCUUCAACGAUGACAAUAAUCCAUCAGCAUCAGGAUUGGGUUUGGGAAUGGGUCUAGGAUUGGGUUUAGGAUUGGGUUUGGGAUUGGGAUCAUCAACGCAUGGCCAGGCCCACCACCAGCACCACCACCAGCAACAGCAGCAACAGCAGCAUCAGCAGGGGGGACGCUGGAGCAGCUGCUCCAUUAGCAACCACCUGAAGACGACCAAUAUUAAGACCAGCUCAUUGGCCACGCUCACGCUCUCCUGCCAAUCGAAUUUAGUAGCCAAAGCUCCUUCCGUUCCGUCAACUGCCAGCAGCUAUCGCACGCCCUCCAAGUCCCUGGACCAGGCACUCAACAUCAAGGUCCAAAGCACCAACAACAUCAACACGAACACCAACACCAACACAGGCAACACAGGCAACACGAACAACAGCAACAGCAACCCGAGCAACACUAGCAACAGCACCAGCAGCAGCAGCUCGGUGGAUGAGUCGUCCCCAUCGCGUCUGACACUUAGCGGCGCUGAGCUAUCGCGCAUUUUCGUGAUGGACAUGGACGAUGCACCGGGAGGCAGCAGCUGCAGCGAGGAGAAGACACCGCUACUGGACAGCGUGGAAAUGUCGCCGAUUAGUCCAACAGAGUCGGAGCAGCCAGAUCUAUAGGAGCGCUAAGAGAACAGACGCAGACACAAAAGUACACAAAAUAAAGUCAUAAAACACCCCACACACACCCUACAGACACCCCUACCUACACACACCCCUACCAACACACACACACACACGUAUUGAGCAGCCGAAAUGCAAAGCAUGUGAUAAAGAAACCAAAUGAAAUAGAGAUCGAAAUGGAAGAAGAUCGAGGAAAGAGGGAACCAUCAAGUUAUAGAACUUUAGGCUAGGUACGAGAGGCAGGCGGCAGGCAGGCAGAAGCAUUUGCCAGUGUUGGUUAAGGGUAAGGCAAUUCUAACACAGAAACAGACGACACAGAGAGAGAAGGAGAGAAAGAAACAUGUAAGGUAUUCGGUAAUUCGGAGCUGCUUUCGCCUUUGCUUGGAUCCACACUCAAAGCUUUCUUCUGGUAACAAUAAUAUUUUCGUCUUUAUAUUGAACUUUAGCCGAUUGCUUUUACAGCAAGUCCAAGCGAAAUUACACUAGAUUAAAUAUUAUCUACUAUCUCUCUACAAAAGCAA